CAGCAGGGGGCGCUGCCGGCUCCUGACGAUACGUGGGGCUGCGGAAGAGUAGACGCGUCAGACUUCCGCAGCCCGAAGAUAGAGUCUGACCUAAGGAGGAAGAAGACGACAAUCCACACAAAAUGGGCUUCGUCAAAGUGGUGAAGAACAAGGCCUACUUCAGGAGGUAUGAAGUGAAGUUCAGGCGGAGGAGAGAGGGGAAAACCGACUUUUACGCUCGCAAGCGCCUGGUGGUGCAGGACAAGAACAAGUACAACACGCCCAAGUACCGCAUGAUCGUCCGGUUUUCGAACAGGGACAUUUGCUGCCAGAUCGCCUAUGCAAAAAUCGAAGGAGACCAGAUCGUGUGUGCUGCCUACUCCCAUGAACUGCCCAAAUAUGGCAUCACUGUAGGCCUCACUAACUAUGCUGCAGCCUACUGCACAGGGCUGCUCCUGGCCCGCAGGCUGCUGCAUAAGUUCGGCAUGGACCAGGUGUACGAGGGCCAGGUGGAGGUGACGGGAGAUGAGUUCAAUGUAGAGAGUGUGGACGGCCAGCCGGGUGCCUUCACCUGUUACCUGGACGCAGGCCUGGCCAGAACCACCACGGGAAACAAGGUCUUCGGAGCGUUGAAGGGGGCAGUCGACGGAGGGCUGGCCAUUCCUCACAGUGUGAAGCGCUUCCCCGGUUAUGACGCAGAAAGCAAAGAGUUCAACGCAGAGGUGCACCGUAAACACAUCAUGGGCAUGAACGUGGCCGAUUACAUGGCGUACCUGAUGGAGGAGGACGAGGACGCCUACAAGAAACAGUUCUCUCGCUUCAUAAAAAAUGGAGUCACGUCAGAAACGGUAGAAGAAAUGUACAAAAAAGCACACGCCACCAUCAGAGCGAACCCCGUUCACGAGCAGAAACCCAAAAAAGACAUCAAAAAGAAGAGGUGGAAUCGCGCCAAGUUAUCUCUGGCACAGAGGAAGGAUCGCGUCGCCCAGAAAAAGGCCAGCUUCUUACGAGCACAAGAACAAGAAGAAGGGGACGGUUAGAGGCCCGGCGAAGGGCCCUGCUGCAACAACACACACUUCACAGACAAAUAAAUUUAUUUCAAACUCA